UGUAACUAAAGAUUCUUAAAAAAGAUACGAGACUAGACAGUUCCAGAAUUUGCUUUAAAUUUGCACAUUGUAAAUUUUAAAUCCAUGUGCAAUCUAUGUGUAUAUUAAAUAAUUUCUAUUAACUAUUUCUAUUAACUUAAGAUGGGAGUGGAUAAAACUGUUGAUACGACUGUAGAAAGAGAGGAGAUUUCUAAGAAGGCUCUUAAAAAGCAACAGAAAGAAGCAGAGAAAGCAGCGAAAAAAGCUGAACGUAUAGCUCAAGCUCAAGUACAACUAAAGGCAAAUGAAGAAGAGGAUAUAUCGGUUGAAAAUUAUGGAGACAUAGGAUUGAUUCAAAGUAACGAAAAACAUACAGAAAGAAUAUUUACAGAUAUUAAAAAUUUAAUAUCAGAUUUGGAAAAUCAAACUGUAUGGUUAAGGGGUCGUUUACACACUAGUCGUGCCAAAGGUAAACAGUGCUUUAUUGUUUUAAGACAGCAGUCGUACACAGUACAAGGUUUAGUUGCAGUAAAUGAAAAAACCAGUAAACAAAUGAUUAAGUUUAUAUCAAAUAUUACCAAAGAGUCCAUCAUGGAUGUAGAGGCGGUUGUGAAACGUGUAUCCUCUAAAAUUGAAUCAUGUACACAGAAAGAAGUAGAAGUUCACAUUGAAAAAGCAUUUGUAGUAAGUGCUGCAAAGGCACAACUACCUCUACAAAUCGAAGAUGCCUCAAGACCUAUGGGAGAAACUGAUGAUAAUGCUCUUAAUAUAAAAGUGAAUCAAGACACUAGAUUGGAUAACAGAGUUUUGGACUUAAGAACUUCAGCAAAUCAAGCUAUAUAUAGAGUCGAAGCAGCUGUUUGUAAAUUAUUCAGAGACAUCCUUACAAGUAAAGGUUUCGUUGAAAUCCAUACACCAAAAAUUAUAUCUGCUGCAAGUGAAGGUGGCGCAAAUGUUUUCACAGUAUCAUAUUUUAAAGGCAAUGCUUACCUAGCUCAAUCUCCUCAGCUUUACAAACAAAUGGCAAUAGCGGCCGACUUCGAUAAGGUUUUUACCGUAGGAGCAGUUUUUAGAGCUGAAGAUUCUAAUACAUAUAGACACUUAACAGAGUUCGUUGGUCUUGAUUUAGAAAUGGCAUUUAAAUAUCAUUAUCACGAAGUAGUCGAUACUAUUGGACAGUUAUUUACAGAGAUGUUUAAAGGUCUUCGCGACAAUUACACUGCCGAAAUUGAGGCUGUACAUCAGCAAUACAACGUAGAGGCUUUUAAAUUCUUAGCUCCACCUCUAAAGUUAGAAUUUUGUGAUGCGAUUGAGUUAUUGGCGGAAGCUGGAGUAACUUUGGGCGAGGAAGACGAUUUGUCCACUCCCGAUGAGAAACUGUUAGGUAAACUUGUAAAGGCAAAAUAUGACACAGACUUUUAUAUUUUGGACAAGUAUCCGUUGGCAGUAAGACCUUUCUAUACUAUGCCAGAUCCAAAUAAUGCUAAAGCAUCGAAUUCCUACGACAUGUUUAUGCGAGGUGAAGAAAUUAUUUCCGGUGCACAACGAAUUCAUGAUCCCGAACUUCUAAUAGAACGUGCAAAAUUCCAUGGAAUUGAUUUAGAAAAGAUCAAAGCCUAUAUUGACGCAUUUAAAUAUGGCUGCCCUCCUCAUGCUGGUGGUGGAAUCGGCUUGGAGCGUGUCGUUAUGUUGUACCUUGGUUUAGACAAUAUUAGGAAAGUUUCAAUGUUCCCUCGUGAUCCUAAACGCCUCACACCUUAA